AGUCUGGCAGCACCGCGAAACAAACGCAGAGGCGGCAAAACGUAAAAACGAAUCCGACGAAAGAAAUACCAAAACGCAAAGCGAAACGGCAAAGAAACAAGCUAAAAAUAAAAGAAAGAAAGAAAUUAUAAUAUAUAUAUUGCAAAAACCGGUUACGGCAAUAGAAAAAGCAGUCAGCAGCAGCCGCCGUUUUUCAAAAGCCAAAGAACGUGGCUCUCCCGGCUGCCCGGCUUUUUUUUUUUGUGUUGUGUGCAUGUAGCGGCGUACGUGUCUGUGUGUGUGUGUGUGUCGAGUGCGUGUACUGCUUGCCGCGUAAACAAGAGACCGACGACGUACUUCAUUUGGCGCCCGUUUAUUUAUUUGGUUCGGGUGAAACUUUUCUCUCAAGUGUUUCACGCAAAAAAGAAAAACACUUAAAUUUAGAGAACAAUAAUUCUCCAUGAUAGGCUCUAAUAGAAAUUUGCCCGCAAAAGGGCCCGAAAAGUUGAGGACAAAGAUUUUCCCCGAGAAAAUCGUGAGUUAAUAUAUUAUGCGGAGGUCUACAGAAGAACCACCGACAAAUAGCUACGAAAGGAACAACUAUUACGAUCGCAGCAGUCGCCUGAGCAACAAUUACCAGCCAACAGCCGCCAACAGUAGUCUGUCUUCUGCCAGCAGCAGCAGCGUUACACCCACAGGAGCCGCAGGAGGGGGAACCGGAACGGGAACAGGAACCACUGAUAGAUCCAGGAAUAGAGAUCGCCUGUACAGGAAUGGUUCAGCAGCCUCUACGACAGCAGCUAGUACAACGCAAUCGACAACAACGGCAGCAGCAACAGCAACGGCAGGAGCCGCGCCGGCGCCGCCACAAGCGUUAGGUGAUCGUAGCAACAACAACAAUAUACAACAUCAUCAGCAGAACACUCCUCGGGUGGUGGCACCGCAGUCAUGGUACGAAGCCGCCGCUGCUGCAUCGGCCCAAUUAAAAAGUCCUGGUGGCAGUGGCAGUGGAAAUGCCGGCGCCUCAGCAGCUACUACCACAGCAGCAGCAGCAGCGACAGCAGCGGCGACAGCCACAGCCACAGCUCAAGGUACAGCCGGCGGCUUUACAAUGAGCAGCUCACCGAUCAAUCAUCAGCAUCAGCAGCAGCAGCCACAUCCUCCUCCGCAUCAUUUACAUUACAGCAGCGCCAGUGGAGCGCCAUCCGUGGGAUGUGCCCCAGGCGCAGCCGCCACCUCCGUCUCGUACUCAUCACCCGCCCAAACGGCGACCACCGCCGUGCAUCGCAGUGUCGCCUAUGCGGGGAGUGCUGCGGAUGAUCGCGAUGCCAUGCGCAAGAGUCACCAACACCACCUCCACCACAACAACAACAGCAGCAGCAGCGGCGGCAGCGGCAGUAAACUCAAUAAGCUGCUCAAAGGGGGAGCGACAGGACGCUGUGGCUCGGAAUCGCCAGGAGUAGGAGGAGUGGGAGCUGCAACGACGAUGACGAUGACGACGACAAGUACAAUCACAAACAAUAGUUUUAGUAAUAAUAGUUUAAAUAAUAAAAUAACCACGGCAACUCCGACGAUGCCAACGAUUGCAUCUGAAACAUCUGUAUCUGCAUGUGCAUCUGCAUCCCCUGGAGGUGCGGCAGGAGCAGGAGCAGUUGCAGAGGGUAGUGCGGGCAGCGGAGGAGCAACCAGCGGCAGUGGCGGUGACAUUCUAAAUGUGGCCGCUGCCCUGGCAGCUGCCGUCGACAAUGGCACGUCCUCCUCUGCCUCAGCCUCUGCAUCAGCAUCCACAUCCACAUCCGCAUCCGCCUGCUCCCUAGCAUCCGCGUCACGGCCACACCAGCGACACCACCAUCAUAAUCAUCAUCAUAAUCUGCAUGGACGCAGCACCACCUCGUCAAGUCGGUCGCAUUCGCGUUCGCCGAGCAGCUACAGCAGCUCCCACAGCUCCUCGUCUGCGUCAUCGCAAACAUCGUCACAUUCGCACGCGUCCAGUCCGGUCCAAUCGGGCAUCCAAUGUGCAGAUGGUCGUAGCAUCUCCCGCAGUCUCCAGUCGGUGGCUGUCAACAGCACUUCUUCAAAUCCCAGUGGCAAUGCUGGCGCCGUAGCCAUACCCAGUGGCGGAUGUGGUUCCAGCUCCAGCAGCAGCAGCAGCUCUAGCAGCAGCAGCAGUGGCAGUGGCGGCGGCCACUCCUCCUCCUCGUGUCUCGCUGUGAAUCCUGUGGUGCAUUCCGAAGAUAAUCGCCCACUGGCGAUACGCGUACGCAACCUGCCCGCCCGUUCCUCGGACACAUCCCUCAAGGAUGGUCUCUUUCAUGAGUACAAAAAGCACGGCAAGGUCACGUGGGUGAAGGUCGUGGGCCAGAACUCCGAGCGCUAUGCCCUCGUCUGCUUCAAGAAGCCCGACGACGUGGAGAAGGCGUUGGAGGUCUCGCACGACAAGCACUUUUUCGGCUGUAAAAUCGAGGUGGAACCCUACCAGGGCUACGACGUAGAGGACAACGAGUUCCGCCCCUACGAGGCGGAGCUGGACGAGUACCACCCGAAGUCGACGAGGACUCUGUUCAUCGGCAACCUGGAGAAGGAGAUCACGGCGAGCGAGCUGCGUGUGCAUUUCGAGAGCUUCGGGGAGAUCAUCGAGAUCGACAUCAAGAAGCAGGGCCUCAACGCCUACGCCUUCUGUCAGUAUUCGGACAUUGUCUCUGUCGUGAAGGCCAUGCGCAAAAUGGAUGGCGAGCAUCUGGGCAGCAAUCGGAUCAAGCUCGGCUUCGGCAAGUCCAUGCCCACGAACUGCGUGUGGAUCGACGGGGUGGGCGAGAAGGUGUCCGAGUCCUUUCUCCAGUCGCAGUUCACGCGCUUCGGCACUGUCACGAAGGUGAGCAUUGAUCGCCAGCGACAGCUGGCUUUGGUGCUCUACGAUCAGGUGCAGAACGCCCAGGCCGCGGUCAAGGACAUGCGGGGCACCAUCAUGCGUGGCAGGAAGCUGCAGGUGGACUUUGCCUCCAGGGAGUGCCAGGAUGCGUUCUACGACAAGCAGGAGAAACUGCAGCAGCAGCAACAGCAACAGAAUGCCGGUUCCUCGUCGCGUUUCAAUCGCUAUGAAUCCUCCACCCAGCAGUCCAGAGGACGGGCCUCCUCCUUUAGCCGCCUUCAGACAAACUCAAACGAUAUCUUCAACGAUACUGGCAGCAACACGCCCACGAGCGGCGGAGGCACCCCCUCGGCCAGCUCUGCAAUGCCUGCGCCCAGCAUCGCCUCUGCUAUUGCUCCGGCAACAGCAACGGGAGGCGCUUCGGGGCCGGGAGCUGCCGCAUCGACUGCCACGCUGCCAUCCGUGGUGGGGAGCAGCAACAGCAUAGGCAGCGGCUUGUCGCUGCCCCCCAUGUCGCCGGCUGCCAUGGCGCAGGUGCGGAUGCGAAUGGUGAGGAGUUCGAGGCACACCAUCGACUUUGAUUUCAACGAUGUGGCGGCACUGCGAAGAUUUCGCGGGGCUGCCAUCGGCAACAUGGAGGAGCCUCACGAUGCAGACACCACAGCCACAACCAAAGUCGGCAGUCGAUGCGAUUCGCCAGUGACUGCACGUCUGGGAUCCGGGCCACUCGGGAGUGGAGAAACCCCCAUGGAGGCGACGCUGAUGAACAGCACCAGCAGCAGCAGCAUAAGCGUGGGAGGAGCCGGUCGUAGACGUUGCGAACAACUCCUGCUCGAUGAAUGCCCGUCCAGUGGCGAUGAGGGGGGAAGCGUGGUCAGUCCCAGGAAGCGCAUCAAAAUGGAUUACCAUCACCAUCAUCAUUCCAAUGCCUCAGGGCUGGUGGAUCCCUAUCCCUCCUCGGGGGACAAGCAGCAGCCGCAACAGCCACCUUUGACCCCCCUAUCCAACUGUGAUGUGAUACACGAUCCCCUCAAUCGCAAGAGCGAGAUCCGACGAGUGUCCGAGGCGUCUCCUCUCUCCAGCAGCAACAGCAACAGCAUGAAGUUCCCUGGACAUCAGCCAUCGCCCUCGCCCUCUCUGAUGCUCAGCUGCCGCCGACCGUCCAUCGAUACUGGCGCCUUCACGGCGCUCUCCAGCUCCUCGGCGUUCCGCCACGGACUGACGGGGGCCAGCGGCAUGGAACAGCAGCAGCAGCAGCAGCACAUGAUGAAUGCCUCGCUGGCCGCCAAGCGGCGGCGUGUCGCGCCCAUGCAGCAGCCACCCACAAUGGGGAACAACAGCAGCUCCGGCGGUGGUCUGCUGCUGGGUGGAGGAGUCACCGGAGUGACGCCGCCCAACGAUGAGGCGUACCAUCAUCAUGUAUCGCGAGGACGCGGCCAUCAGCUACAUUCCCAUCACUCGCACGAGGCCAGCGGCGGGGAGAGUGCGGACGGAUCGCGGCCGGGCACGCCCCUGUGCGAUGAGCGGCCCGAAGUGCUGCCCUCAGAGCCACGACGCCUGCCCCCGCCGAGAGAACGAAUGAGGGAAAGGGUCAGGGAGGUGAUGUGGCUGCCGAUGCCCAAGUUUGGCUACUCGUUCAUCCAGCAGCAUCGCAGUGGUGGAGGCACUGGCGGAGGCAGCAGCGGCUGCUCGUCGAGCAGUGUAUCCAGCUACCUGCUGGGCUGCUCCUCGGCAGCCGGUGGCCCCGCCAACAGCAACAGCAACUCUAGUCUAAGUGCAGGACUCGGCAGUGGAUCAUCGGCCUUCCUGCCGAGCCCCUCCUCACGCUACUGGCGAUCCUCCUCGCACCAGCAUCAGCAUCAUUCGCACCACUCGCAGCAGCAACAGCAGCCGCAGCAGCAGCAGCAGCAGCAGUCGUCCUCUGGCUCCUCCUUGGGCCUGAUGGCCAGUCCGGCGCGUCCUCGCUCGCUGAGCUCCAACUCGAGCGACUCGGAUGUGCCUGGACAUGCCGGAGGAAGCCCCUCGCUGGAUGAACGCCUCCGCAACUUUGAGGAGAACUACGAGCGAUGGUCCGGCGGCAGCAACACUCAGCAGCAGCAGCAGCAGACGAGCAGCAACACCAAUUCCAGCCACAGCCACAGCCAUGUCCCGCAGUCGAGCAGCAGCAGCGGCAGCACAACGAUGCCCUCGUGGCAGCUCUCGAUGCACACGAAUCUGAGCGGCUUGAGCACGCAUCCGGCAAACUCUGGCAACGGCAACAGCAACAGCUCUAGCGGCACGGCCUCCAGCUGCCAUUCGGCGAGCAAUUCGCGCCACAAGUUCCUGGACAUCGACGAGCUGCAGCCCUCGGAUAUCGUCAAGUCGGUGCUCGCCAAGAAGUCCAUCUUCGACGACGAUCUGCAGCGGCUGAAGAAGAACCAGUGGUACGAUCCGAGCAGUGCGGACUUUGCCAUCGGCUCCACCGCGAUGGGAUCCACAUCGACAGCCUCGCGGCAUGGCCUGUGCAGUGGAAAUACCUCCCCAGCGCUGCUGCCCAACCUGGCGGCCACCAAGACGACGCCCAUCAUUGGCAACUGCACGCCCGUUCUGUCCAACAGCUCGACGAGCAGCAAGACGACGACGAGCGGACUUCUGCAGCGGCUGAGCAGCCUCUCGCCCAUGAACUCGCCCCAGGCCUCGAUGUCUCCCUACAACAGUCCCUCGCCCUCGCCAUCAGUGGGAGCGGCUACGCCGAGCGGGCAACUGUCCGCCGUGAAGCCCAUGGCGGGAUGCAGCAACAGCAGUAGCAGCAGCACCAGCACCAGCAGCAGUGCAGCGGGCGGAGGAGUGGCUCCCACGGCUACCGCUACGGUAGUCGCCGCUGCCUCGUCAUCGGCAUCGGCAUCCCCAGCUGCCACAUCGGGAGCCACCAAAGGACUGCAGUAUCCGUUUCCCAGUCACCCGCCUCUGCCAAACACUGCGGCGCCACCGCCUGCCGUGCAGCCAGCACCACCGCCACCACCAGAGACGGUGACACAGAAGCAGCAGCCGGCAGCCAAGACGUCCGGAUCGCCACCAGCGGCACCCAACAGUCUGACGAAGAGUCUGAGUGUGCCCGCCGAGGCACUGCCGCCUUCACAGUCGCCCAGCGCCAGAGCACAGCUGCAGAAGUCUGCCUCUGUGCCGGGCAGCACGAAUGUAGGGACUACUACUACCUCCAGCAGCAGCAGCAGCAGCAAUGCCCCCUCGAGCUCCUCCAAUUCCACAUCAUCGCCCAACGGUAACAGUUCCUCAGCAACAGCCACCACAACACAUGUACAAAAGUCCCAACAGCAACAGCAACAAAACUCCAGCGAAGAGGAGCACAAGAGCAAGACAACCACAUCCCACUCCUCCUCCCACUCACACUCGCACUCCCACAAGAAGAGCAGCAGUAGUGCCCACAGUGGGACAGGCACGAACCGGUCCAACAGCCUGGACAAGUCCCACAGUUCGAACCGAGCCAACAGCACGGACAAGUCCCACUCUGUGGACAAGCACAGCAGUGUGAACCGUUCCAACAGCAAGGAGCAAGCCACGGACAAGUCUAAUUCCACGAACAGAUCCAACAGCUCGGACAAAUCCCACGCGACGACAACGACGGCGACAUCGAAUCGUUCGAACAGCGUGGACAAGGCGCACGGACAAGGUGCGAACCGUUCGAACAGCACGGACAGGUCCCACAGCAGCAGCAGCAGCAGGCACAACAGCCGCUCGGAUGGCGGCGACAAGAAGGCGAAAAAGUCCGACAAGAGUUCCGUUUCAUCUUCGACGAGCUCCUCCGACAAGCGCAAGAAUUCCGCCACAUCCCAGUCCUCCAAAUCGGCGACUCCACGCAUCGAAGACUCCACGGACACGGACGAUCCUGGGGAGCGAUCCGAAAAGGAGCAGCGCCAGGAGCGUGAGAAGGCGCACCAGAAGGAGCGCCAUGAGAGGGAGAAGCGCAAGCAGCAGGAGCGAGAGGAGAAGGAAAAGGAGCGCAAGGCUCACCACCACCAGCCGGAGGACAAAGAGAAGGAAAAAGCUCAUCCAGAACGGAAGACGCAGACCCACCACCAAGAGGAAAAGGAAAAAGAGCGCAAAUCUCACCAGGAAGAAAAGGAGAAGGAGCGCAAGGCCCAGCAGCAGGAGGAGAAGGAGCGUGAGGAGCGCAAGGCCAAAGAAGAGAAGGAGCGCAAGGCUCAAGAAGAACGUGAGCAAAAGGAGCGUGACGAAAAGGAGCAGCAGCGAGUGCAAGAGCAGCGAGAGCAGGAGAAACGAGAGCGAGAGCAGCGUGAGAAGGAGCAUCGCGAGAAGGAGCAUCGUGAGCGGGAUCACCGGGAGAAGGAAAAAGAACAAUCCUCCCGACGAUCCAUCUCGGACUCGGAUCAAGAGUCCCGCAUGUCCAGGAUGCGCGAGAUGUCCUCGUAUCACAAAAACAAAUCUGAUGCCAGCUCAGAGGCCAGCAGCUUCUACGCGCACAAUGUCACGCCCAGCGCUGCCGAAUGCGAGCGGCAACACAACAAAGAGAAUGCCGCCGAUGCCGCUACAGUGCCGUCCUCCUCGUGUCCCACGCCCACAGCGCACGAUGGCAGCAAUGCCAAUGCCGCCGCAGCCAAGAAUCGCUCGAGGAAGUCCUCCAGGAACUCGCCGGGUCCCCGCAUCCACAAGCGUCGCCUCAGCUCGCAGGAUAGCAACCACAGCGGCGGAGGCGGCGGCGCAGGUGUCGGUGGUCUGCACAACCAUCACGAUGACUAUGUGAAGCGGAUACGCAUGGAGAACCAUCAGAAUCCCCCCACACCCAGCCAGAACCAGCGGCUCAACGAUCAACGUCACGACGGAGCCAAGGAGCCGCAGCAUAAGAGCAGCAACAGCAUCGCCAGCUCCAAGGACUGUGACCCCAACGCCAAGACAAACUCCAGUUCCUCGCACUCCAAGUCGCACGGCAGUGGCGGAAGCUCUUCCUCCUCCUCAAAGCAUCAUCGCAGGGAGAAGCAUCACUGCAAGAGCAUAGCGAGUGCCAGUGCCCCCUCUUCGAUGGAUGUCGUCACGCCAUCGAUGGAUGUGCUAGAGACCCCAAAGGCAGCCCUCAAGCAGCAACAGCAGCAGCAGCAGCUCGUCAACACCAGCGAGGAGGAGCUGCAGCCGCAGCCAAAGCGGGAGAAGGAGAGGGAUCGAGAGAAGGACAGGGAAGCACACCACCACCACAGCAGCAGCUCCUCUUCGCGCCACAAGAGCAAGCGAGAGCGGGAGCACCAUCGAGAGCAUCAUCGCGAGAAGAAGCGCCAUUCGGUGGCCGAGUCCACCAACACCGAUGAGGAGCAGCAGCAGCAUCAGCACAUGCAUGCGCACUCGCAUCUCCAGCUGCAGCAGCAGGAGCUUCAGGAUCAAGAGCAGGAGCAGGAGCAUCAUCACAAUCCCCAUAGACGGACCUCCGCCGCCGGCAGUGGCUCGGCGGGAGAACUGAGCUCCGCUCCGACCAACACCUCCAGCGGCAAGGGGCAUCGGGAUCGGGAUCGCGACCGGGAGGGGCAUCAUCAUCACCAUGGCCACCACCAUCGGAGGAGGAGUGUGGACAGAAAGUCCUCGCGGGGCUCGGACGAGGGGCACCACUCCUCGAAAUCGUCGCAGCGCAGCAAGCUGAUGAUGCUCAGCUCCGCCGACUCGGACGACACGGACGAUGCCUCCAAGAAGCACUCGAUCUUCGAUAUACCCGACGACUGUCCCAACGUCUCGAUGUACGACAAGGUCAAGGCCAGGAGCUGCAAGAACAUGCAGCGUCAGGCGGAGGAGAAGAAGAUCAAGGCCAAGUUCUCGCAGCUGAAGCAGUCGCGGGCCAAGAAGAAGCGCUCCACCAGCUACGACGGCGACUCGGACACGGAGUUCGAGGACCGCCAUCACCGGAACAGCGGCAGCAGCAGCUUCCACGGCCGACACAUCGGUCUCUCCAGCAGCGACGACGACGACGAGGAUGAGAUGAUGCAGAGCCACAGCCAUAGCCGCAUAUUCUCCGACUCGGACGCGAGAUCCGAUGGAUGCGAGGAUCACGAGGCGGUGGCCAGUCGCGUCCUCCAGAUGCAGCAGAACCUGCGCCGUCUGUGCGACGGGGACGACAGUUCCGAGGACGAGAUACGCAGGAACUUCACGAAGCACAACCAGCACGGAAAGCGCAACUCGCACACGACGCGCAUUGCCUCCGAUUCGGAGUCGCAGUCGCAGCCCGGAGCCCCGGAGAUGGAGGUGCAGAUCAAGCUGGAGCCCCAGCCACAGCCAGAGAUGGAGAUGGAGCUGGAGCCAGAGAUCAAGCAGGAGCAGCUGUCGGACGGCGGGGGAGAGCAGAAAAAGACAGAGACCGAGUACAAGUCGCGCCACGACUCGCACUCCUCGAUGGAGGAGCGCAAGCUGAAGACGGAGAUCAAGAAGGAGUAUGGGGACUUCUACAACUCUGCCGCCGGUGGGUGCUACUCCAAUGCCUACUCGGACUCGGGGACGGGCAAGACUAUCAAGGACUAUUCCCCGGAGACGCGCAAGAAGCACAAGAAGAGCAAGAAGCGCCUGAAGUCCUCCUCCUCCCGAGAGGUGGAGGCAGCCCAGCAGCAGCAGCAGCAGCCCCCGCCAUCUCUCGUUGUAUCCAUAGCCACGCCCUCGAUCUUCGAUGUGCACUCGUCCGAUUUGAAGGGGAACAAGUUUGUGGAUAGCCUGGAUGAUCUGAAGAUGGAACGGGAGCGAGACCAGGAGCGGGAGCGGGAACGGGAGCGAGACCAAGAGAGUGUCCUGCCCAUAUCGCUGGAGAUUUCGGCGAGUGAGAGGCGGAAGCACAAGGAGCGCAAGGAGAAGAAACGCGAAAAGAUGAGGAACCUCACGGCGGAGACAAACACCAUCGCUGGGUCUGCCACCACAGCAGCAGCACCACCACACAUGAGCAGCAGCGGCAGCACCAGCACACCAGCUGCACCGCCAGCAGCAACAGCAGCAGCAGCAGCUGUUCCUGUUCCGUCUGCCGGCAGCAACGAUCUCGGCGAGAAGCUGGAGAAGCUAUCGAAGGAAGAGAGGCACCGUUUGAAAAAGUCGAAGAAAUCCAAGAGUUUGGACAACUCCUCCUCUUCCACGAGGCUGUACAAUGCCGCCUCUGGCAACAGCAGCCUUGUGGCAGCGGCAGCGGCAGCAGCAGCAGCAGCAUCCCCAGCGCCUGUGUCUGUGCCUGGGCCCGUACCCGUUCCUGCCACACCCACCUCUGCGCCAGCUCUCUCGCGAGACAAGACGCGGGGCGAGGAAAAGAUGGAGUUCAUCUUUGGCAUCAUCUCGGACGAGGAUGAGUCGCAGUUCGCCGACGAGCAGGCAGAAGGCGGAACCAAAGAGAUCUCCUCGAGAGAACCGAUUGUGUCCGCUGCUCUGCAGACCUACAAGCAGGAGCCACCAUCCACACCCACACCCGCACACACCUCCGCCAAGAUCCAGGAGAACCAGUUGCCCAUCAGCCCAAAGGAGGACCAGCCACCAGUGGAGAGGCCCCCUCGGCAGACGGGCGGCAGCUCGUCGUCCUCCUCCCAUGCGGACAGAGAGCGGCAUCGCAAGGAGAAGCGCGAGAAGAAGCGACGCGAAAAGUCCCACCGAGAGCAGCAGCAACAGCAGCAGCAGGCGGCGAUCCAGCAGCAGUCCUCCUCCUCGAAUGCCACGAAGAUCGAGGACGACAACAGCGUGGACAUGGAUGAGGCGGGACGGGCCUUGGAGGCCCAGCUGAUGGACGACUUUGACAGCAAGACGAUGCCCGAGGAGGCCACCCCCUCGACGGCCAACACCUACAGGUCGGACAUGACCGAUGUGUUCCGCUUCUCGGACAACGAGGACAACAACUCGGUGGAGCUGAAGCUGAAGCCCUCAUCGAUGGGAGUCCCGACCCAGUCGAAGCAGCCGCCGGCAGGCGAGGAGCAGCACAAGAGCAAGGACAAGAAGAAGAAGAAGAAGCGCUCCAAGGAGGAGAAGCAGGAGAAGAUGCUUCGCAGGGAACCGAUUCCCACUCCGGCUCUGGGCCCGGGCCCGGGGCCGGGUCCUCCCUCGACGCCUGGCAAGCUGACGGUGAAUGUCCAGGCAGCCGCCAAGCAUGCGGGUGAGCAGAUGGACGCCGCCAAGCAUCGUUCUGCAUCUGCAUCGCCUCCGCUGUGCAAGCCCUCGCCGAGCCUGCCCUGCCUCAUCGGAGACGAUGACGAUGUGGAUGUACCACAGCCGCAACCACAUCCCCCGAAGCCGAAGGUGCCGCCGAGCACUCCCACCAGCACCGGCGCCAGUGCCAGCGCCAGGGGCAGCGGCUGCGACAGCCUCACUCCCUCGCGAGAGAAGCCACGCCUGAUCAGCCCCAUUCCCAAGACCCCGACCAUCACGAACUCCACGAGCUCCAUGCUGUCCACGCAGUCCGCGGAGACGCCAGUGAGCAGUGGAGCCGGAGCCGGAGCCGGAGCAGGAGCAGGAGCUGGAUCUGGUGCGGCGGGUGUUAACUCCUCGGCGCUGGCCACGACGCCCACAUCCUCGACAACAGCCGCCGCUGCGGCCGCGGCAGCAGCCUCUGCUUCCGCGGAGAGCUCUCCCACGAGUGCGGCGCUCGGCAAGAAGAAGGACAUCUUCAUUCCCGGCUUCGAUGGCCAGCUGGACGAUAGGAUCAGCGAGUCGGCUGUGCAGUCUAUCUCCGCGGAGUUCAACAGCACCUCCCUGCUGGAUCCUUUGGCAGGUGAGCCCAAGAUUCCGGUGGCCUCGCCACCGGGGGCCACUAAGCCACUGGAAAAAAUUGAGGACAGCAAAUCCCGGGUGACCAUCUCCCAGGAGGAGACGGAGAGCGCCGUGUCAGCGCUGCUGGGCGAAAGCUUUGGCACCUCCUCGACGGCCGACUACUCGCUGGAUGGCAUGGACGAGAGCGAAAUGGAGCCGUCGGCGUCGGCUCUCGUUGUGGCCGAGCCCGAUGAAGAGGCCGCCCUGGCGGCCAAGGCAAUCGAGGGAGCCGUGGAACCACCAGCCAUUCUGGAAGACGAGCCUGAAGCAGAGCCAGAGCCAGAGACAGAAGCAGAGCCGCCAGUGGUCGUGGGAGCAGGAGGAGUCCUAGAUCCCGACGAGAUCAACAAGGCUGUGCAGAGUCUGAGGCACGAGGACAUGAUGGACAUCAAGGCGGACACUCCCCAGUCGGAGAGAGAUCUCCAGAUCGACACGGACACCGAGGAGAAUGAGAAUGCCGACGAGGCAGACAGCAGCGGACCGAGUCUCAAGAUUGAUGAGACCGUUCAGAGUUCAGAGACCUCCUCAUCGCCAGAGAAGUCUAUGUCGAGCAGCAGGGAAGCGGCAGCAUCCAAGGCAUCCCCAGUGGCGGAUCCACCUUCCAAGAAGAGUCCACCUUCGGUGAUCACGAAGCUGCCAUCUUUGGAGCAGCAGCAGCAGCAGAAGCAGAAGCCCCCAACAUCCGUGAUGAUCAGCGGCAGCUCGUUGACAUCAUCUUCCCCCGUGAAGAUUGAGCCGCCGACGAUCAGCAAACUGCAGCAACCAUUGGUGCAGCCGGUGCAGACGGUGCUACCCGCACCCUCGGCGAUGCCUCCUGCUUCUGCAAAGGCAGCGCCUGCACCUGCACCACACAAGACUCCCAUGCCUACACCCACGCCCACGCCCACGCCCGUCAUCAAUCUGGAUCUGUCGAAUGUGAUGGCCAAUUGCUCGAACAGCAGCAGCUCCGGCUCUCCCUCGAUAUCCUUCGGGAGUCCCACGCCCAGCCAGAGCAUCCCCUGCAUGCCGCAGGCCUCGACGCCCAAGCAGACGCCAACGCAACAGUUGGCACUGCGCACGCAGUCGCUCAUCAUGCAGCCCCCGACCAUCUCCAUUCCAGAACAGACGGCACACUUCAUGGUGCCCCACAUGGUACUCUCCCCACAUCAUCCGCAGCAGCAGCAGCAGCAGCCGACGACGCCAGGUCCCAGUUACAUGAUGAGCAUUCGGGCACAGUCGCCACAUAGUCCGCUGCUGUCGCCGGGACGAGGCGGGCCACCCAUCAAUCGAGUGGUGGGCCAACUGAGUCCUGCGGGUCGUCCCGUGCCGCAGCAGCAGCAACAGCAACAACAACAGCAACAACAACAGCAACAGCAUGCAGUGAUGACAUCCCCACAAGGCGGCAACAUGAGUCCAAUGGCCAGCCCCACGCCGCGAGUAGUGGCCACCAAUACCACAUCUCCCACCACGAGCAAGCCGAACAGCUACCAGCCGCGAGGACAACAGCAGCCACACCAGCAACAGCAGCCAUCGCCCAAGUCUCUGAUGGAUCUGCAAUCGCCGCAGUCGUCACAGUCGCCACAACUGAUUCCCAUGCAGAAGAUGCCGCCGAUGCAGGUGCCACACCACCCGACGAUCAUCAGCAAGGUGGUGACAGUGCAGCCGCAGCAGGCCACCCAAUCGCAGGUGGCAAGCUCCCCGCCUUUGGGCAGCCUGCCGCCUCUUGGGCACAAGAGCCUCCACGUGAAUGCACAGCCACAGCCGCCACACCAUCAGGCGCAACAGCAGCAGCAGCAACAGCAGCAACAGCAACAGUUGUCGCCGCAAAUGAUGUCCAAGAUGACGGCAGCACAUCAGCAGCAUCAACAUCAGCAGCAAGUGCACCAGUUUAUGCACCAGCAAAUGUUGCAACGACAGCAGCAUCAGCAACAGCAGCAGCAACAACAGCAGCAUAUGCAGCAGCAACAGCAACAUGGACAUCAGCAUGGACAACAGCAGUCGCAACAGCAUCAGCAGCAGUCGCAGCUCCAUGGACAGCAGCAACACCAACUGCAGUUGACUCCCGCGCAGCAACAUCAGUUGCAGCAACAGCAACAGCAUCCACAUCAGGCGCCACAGCAGCAGUUGACUCCCGCGCAGCAUCAGCACUUCCAACAGCAGCAGCAGCAGCAUCAGAUGAACCAACAGCAGCAGCAGCAGUUGAACCAUCAGCAACAGCAAGCACAGCAGCAACAACAUCAGGUCCAGGUACAGCAGCAACAACAGCAGCAGUUGAACCAACAGCAGGCACUGCAGGCGCAACAGUUGCACAUCCAGAAACUGCAGCAACAGAUACAACAACAUCCUUCCCAGCAGCAGCAGCAGCUGGGUCCGCCGCCACCGAUGUUUUCACAGCAUCCGCCACGUGGCAUGCCCAACCAGCAGCAACAGCAACAGUUGCCACACAGUCCACCCUGCAAGCCUGCAAAUCCAAUGGUGCACAGUCCGUCAUUGCUGGUGAGAGUGCCACAACCGCAGCAGCAGCAGCAACAGCAGCAAUCGUCUCCAGGUGCCACGCAAAUGCAAACGCAUCCAACGCCGCAACUGAAUGUGAUCCAGAGUCCAACUACCAAGCAGACACUGAUUGUCCAGCAGCAUAUUGUGCCACCGCCAGCAGGACAAGCACCGACGACAGCCGCCAAUGCGAAGAUCCACUAUCCAACGCAACAAAAUGUGAAUCCCAGUCCCAAUCCCAUCAAGGAGACCCCGGUGGAGGCAUCGGGAUCGGCAUCAUUGGCCAACAAGACGUCGGAGAGUGUUUCGGUGAUACGGACACCCACACCCACGACCAGCGGCAGCGGCAGUCCAGCGAUAAUCUCCCCAAAGGCAGCCAGUGCGACAGCCAGUGGCACAUCCCUGCUGACGGAGGAGAAUCUCAUCAAGAUCUCGUCGCAGCCCAAGCAGGAUGAGCUGAUCGAGCAGGACUCCAAGGAGGUGGACAGCGACUACUGGUCCGCCAAGGAGGUGAAUAUCGAUAGUGUGAUCAAGAAGCUCGAUCCACGGGAGCCGCCGCCACCUCCGGCAGUCAUCAAGGAGAUGCCCCCGACAGUGGCAGUCGCGGUGGCUGCCCCAGUGGAGGUGCCACCCACCCCUACCAUACCAACGGUGACACCAGUGUCGACACCGCCUCCUGCUGCUACUUCUGCUCCUGCUCCGGCGCCUGCGCCUGCCCCUGCUCUAACGGUGAACGAUCACGACACGGAGGACGAGACGGAGACCCUUCAGAUGGCCCCGAAGCCCAGCACUCCGACUGUGGGCAGACCGCCGGGUCGUGGAGGCGCCAGCAAGCGUGGCAGACAGCCGCGUGGCGCCAAGAAGCAGGGAGGACUCCCACUGACCACGCCAGGCGUUGCACCAGGAGCUGAUGCUGGAUUGGGCAUCGCUCCCGGCGACAAUGGAGUGCAGACGCGUCUAAGGAAGCCGGUGACGGCGCCUGUCACUCGCGGCAGGAAGGGUCGUCCGCCCAGGAAUCUCCUCCUGCAACAGCAGCAGCUCCAACAGCAGCAACUGGCGCAACAGCAACAGCAGCAGCAGCAGAAGGCCAUGGAAAUGGCGACACCCACAUCCACACCCACGCCCAUAGCAGCAGCUGUGGCAGCGGUAACGCCCAGCACUCCAGUACCGACGGCCGCGGAGAAGAAGGCCAGGAAUCAGGCGCUGACUCAGGCGCAAGCCUCCAGCCAGGACGUGUAUGAGUUCAACGAUGACUCCGGCGAGGCGGAGCCCAAGGUCAAAAUUGCGACUGUGGUGCAGCUAGUGGAGGAUCAGCGGCCGCGUCUCAUUCUGACGAUCAACAAGUCGCAGCCGUCAAUCAGGAGCAGCACCGAUGUGGAGCCACCAACAGAGACACAGGCACAACCACAACCACAACCACAAUCCCUGUCACAGCCACAGCCCCAGGCGCACGCCCACAACGAUGCGACGAUUAGCGACAACUCGAGCGAAUCGAGCAACACGCGCAAGUCUCGCCGCCUGCAGGAGAAGGAGGAUCGCAGCACAGUGGACGACAUCAUCGAGGAUGUGGUGCGAAAUACCAACACACAAAUGGCCGCAGGAAUCGGCGCACAGACUCCUCCCCGCCGCUCCGGACGGAAUGCCCAGACGAAGAAAACGGAGCUCGUGAAUCCGCCCACCAAUGCCGUGGGUCGUCCCCGUCGCACCAAGGACAGGAAGCAAACCAUCUCGGAGCCGCUGUCGAGCCUGAUGGAGGACUCAUCGCAAUCCUCAUCAUCGCCCGCACCGCCCGCGACUCCCAUCCUGCAUGGCCCCGAGCAGCAUGCCGCACAUAUGCCGCAGCUGGACACCAAAGAAGUUGAGCCCACAGCCGCCGCGCCAUCCGCUGUUCCUGUUCCUGUUUCGCAUCCUGCUGCAGUGCCUGCAGUGCCAGUGGUGCCAGUGAUGCCCGCGCAUCCCACGAAGCCCACGAUACCGCAGCAUCCCAAGAAAAAGGCGAUUGCCGCAGCGGAGAUCGAAUCGUAUCAGGCCAUCAACUCGUCGAUACCCAGUGGAGGGCUGCCCAUGCACCAGACGGCAGCUCCGGCCACGCAGAAGAUCACUGGAGGGGCAGCGGAUGCCGUGAGCAAGGCCCUGGUGGAUCCCGUCACGGGAGUCAUCACCGCGGGCAUGCCGCAAGGCAAGGAGGGCAACCUCCCGGCAGCCACAGCUGCAGCUCCCACCAACAGCAGCAAUGAGGCGGCACCGCAGAUGCAGCAGCAGCAGCAGCAACACCACCAACACCAGCAACAGCCGCUGCCACAGCAGCAGAUCAAUGCCACAGUGCUGGCUCCGUCUACGGCGGCGCCCAUCACUGCGGCUAUGGGCAAUAAGACCGUGCAGCUGGAUGCAGCGGCGCUGUUGAACAAACCCGUCAGCGUGUUGGUAAAGCAGCAGCAGGGACAACCGCAGUUGGUGGCGCCACCAAAGCAACAACAACCGAUAGUGCUACAGCAGAAUCCACUGCCCACGGUGUUGCAACACGCCCAGCUGAGCAACGUGCGGCCUCCCCAGCCCCUGAAGGCGCAUGUCCUGAACAGAGAAAAGAACCUCCAGCAGCAACAGCAGCAGCAGCAACUGACGCCCACAAAGGCGCAGCCAGCGGUUGCAGGACACAUGCUGAUCACAGAUGCCGCAGGCAAUCAGCUGCUCCAGCCACAGAUCAUAGCACGCCACUUGCAGCAGCAGCAGCAUCUGCUGGUGAACGUGCCACCACCGUCGGCACAUUCGCCACAUUCUCCCAGGAUUCAGGGGCAACAGCAGCAGCAGCAGCCACAGCAACAGCAUCAGCAGCAGAUGGGAGCAGCAGCACCCAUGCCACAGCAACAACAGCAGCAGCAGACGCUGGUCAUCAAGCAGGCAACAUCUGCAGCACCACCGCAGAUCCUGCAUGUCGUAAGCUCCAAGGCUUCCGUGGUGCCGCAGCCGCAGCAGCUGCCGCCCACCUCCUCGGCGACAGGAUAUAUGCAGCGUGGCAACUCUGGCUACGUGCCGCCCACCGUGCUGGCACCUGCCACAUCCGCACAACAGCAGCAGCUGUACAAGCCACCGAACCAGCAGAAGACCGGACCACCGCAGGGAGUGCCAGUGCAGGUGCAGCUGCCGCUGCCGCCGCACGGGAUACCCAUGCUACCCAAUCAUCCGGGCCUGCUGCUACAGCACCAGAAGGCCCCGGCGCACCUGCAGCCGCAGCAGCAUCAGUUGACGCCUUCGCCGCCCUUGGCGCCUGGCAAACCGAAUCCCGUGGUGCACAGCCUGCAGGCAGGACAGAUCCUGCCAGGGAGCGUGGGCAGUCCGCCGCCCGUCUCCGUGGCUGCAGUGCUCAAGUCGGCGCAGCAGCAGGUUAACUCUGCAGCAGCAGCAGCGGUGUUGCGCACAGCCAUUCCCAACAUCAGUCCGCAGGGACAGCCGAGGGUUUCGCCCCUGGUUCUGCCACCAGGAAUGCCGGGAGUGCCGCCCUUCGACACGAGUCUGCACGAUCUGGGUGCCUAUGUCAGUGGACGACGCACCCAGAGUCCGCCGCCGGCCCACCAACAGGCCUCGCCCAUAACACCGAACGAUUCCACGUAUCGGGGCGUGGCUGCGUCCAGAGACUUUAUGCUCUAUCAACACCAUUUGAUGCGCAGCGGCGACUACGACGACAAGAUGAUCAGCAACAGUCCGCCGUUGGAGCUACGGCGACCAGGCAGUGGACCACCGCGCACCAUUGCAGUGCCGCACAGCCUGCAGAGCCCGCAGGAUCGCACAGCAGCGGACUCCCCUCAAAUGGCGCAGGUCUAUGUGCAUAAUGCUCGCAUUCCCCAUGCCCACUUCAGCGACAUGGCCACGCGGGCGGGCUACUACGAGACCGGUGGGAUACAGCUGGAACCGCCGCCAGCCCAUCGACCGGCGGCCUCGAUCAGCGUGGUGGUGCCGCCACCGCCUGUCGGGGCGAGUGUCAGUCCAUUCCUGGGCCGGGAUGGCAGCAUGCAGCUGGAGGAUAGGGAGAGGGAGAUGGAGCGCAUGUCCAUGAUCGUCAAACAGCAGCAGGAGCAAAUGCCAGCAGCUGUUCUGCACGCCGGCAUGGAGCUGGCCGCCGCCCAACAGCAGGCACCGCCGCCAGCAAUGGCCCCGCCGCCGGGUGACUCGCUCGUGACACUGCUGCAACGCUAUCCCGUGAUGUGGCAGGGAUUGCUGGCCCUGAAAACGGACCAGGCUGCCGUUCAAAUGCACUUCGUGCACGGCAAUCCGAAUGUGGCGCGUGCCUCGCUGCCGAGUCUGGCGGAGAGCAGCACGCCGCUGCUGAGGAUUGCCCAGCGUAUGCGCUUGGAGCAGACGCAGCUGGAGGGAGUGGCCAAAAAGAUGCAGGUUGACAAGGAGCACUGCAUGUUGCUGGCCUUGCCAUGCGGCCGAGACCAUGCCGAUGUGCUGCAGCACUCGAGGAACCUACAGACCGGAUUCAUCACUUAUCUGCAACAGAAAAUGGCCGCCGGCAUUGUCAACAUACCCAUACCGGGAAGUGAACAGGCCGCCUACGUGGUGCACAUCUUCCCGGCCUGCGAUUUCGCCAACGAGAACCUGGAGCGUGCCGCUCCAGAUCUCAAGAAUCGUGUAGCCGAGUUGGCACACCUCCUGAUUGUCAUAGCCACUGUCUAAGGCACCCACCGGUACAUCCAGGACAGUGCCAGGACAGUGGCUGCACCACCGGACUAUGACCAUGUAAAUCUCUAGGAUGCGACACUUUACCCAGACUCUGACAAAGAAAAACCACCCACAAGAACCAAGAACAGCAGCAGGCAACUACAAGAACUACAACCAACCAACAAAACAAGUUACGCUCUUCUAGUAUUUUAAGUAAUUUUAAAUAGCGAUUAAACAAGCAAAAGUUUAAAAAAGCAAAGCAAAGCAAAAAGAACUUAAACAAGCAGAAAUAACAUGCAAACUUUAUUGAAUAAAUAAAUGCACGCGACGAAACGAGACGAGACGAGACGAAAAUUAGAUGGAAUGGAACAUUGUUGCUCCCAGAAUAUGUAUUUGAUUUGAAUAUCUGACGAAGAGAAUACAAAAUGUCAUGUCCAAAAACAGAACUCAAACAAAGCGAAAAGAUCCAGCGUUCAGCAACCACUUGUACACUUUAAAAGCAAAAGCAAAAGCAAAAUACGAUGAACAUAUAUUUGUCUAAAUUUAAUUAUUUAACCUUCCCCUAAUUUAAUCCUUUAAAAGAAAAAAAAAAGAAAACAAAAUGAAAAAGAAAAGAAAAGAAAAGCUUGCAAAGUAUCGUUAAGUUUGAUCUCAAGAAAAGAAAGUUUUAUUUUUUGCUUAAUUUAAAAUGAAAGAAAAUGUAAGAAAAAACACACACAAACACAACAACAAGUAAACGUAAAGGCAACACGCAAAAAAACACACAUACACAAGCAAAUGUUAAACGAAAAAAGCUUAAAACAUAAUAACUGUUUACUGUACUAUGCAUACUACUACCCAUACCAUACCAUACCAAUACCAAUACCAUACCAUACAUAAUAUGAAUAUCCGAUGAUUCUAUGGCCCCCAAAAACUCCUCUCUGCCCCUAACAAGUUUGAGUUUUCAGUUGGUGACUACUUCAAGGGUCAAACCGCCGCCUCCCCACACCCAAAUACUUUUGCACAUCUUACAAAGUUUCCGCUAGAAAAGUCCUAGAAUUUGUUGAGUUUUCCAAUUGUUUCAUUGGCUCUAUGGAAGGCCCUCCUUCCCUCUGUAGAAGAAAGGCCUGGCAUAGACCCAAGGACCCAACCAACCCGAGCGCCCAAGAACUUACCCUACCUGUCUGGUGUGGUCUGAUCUGUCGCCAACGCUGUUUGCAGCACAAUUAGGUUUAAAGAUGCGCCCAGAGGCUUUUCCUACGAUUACAUACACACACACACACGUAUACAUUACAUUAUAUUACCAUACACAUAUACAUAUACAUACAUUACGAGUAUACAUAUAGCCACGUAUAGAGCGUAUUUAAUUAUAAACGAAUAUGUGUUAAGCCAAAUAUUUUAAAGUUUAGAGAGAGACUAGUUUUGUGUUGGAUUUCCUGCUCCGCUCUGCACCAGAGCAACUUAUAUUGCUUUCCAUCAAAACCCCCGCAACGACGGGGUUUCUGUUCUUCCAGACUCGACGUUGUGGGUCUUUUUGUGCAACCCCUUGAACAUUUAUUUCUGUUAGAUCUUGUUGGUUUUUGAAAUUGUCGAUACCCCAUUACAACACCACCACUGCCACAACACUAAAACACUGGACUAUCUAAAUCGAGGCGUUCCGUUCCGUUUCCAGUUUCCGUUCCCCAUAUUUCAAUUUUGUUCAAUACUAAUUUGGUUUGUUCGCGCGAAACUUUGUAAGAUGAUUGUUUGGGGGAUGCGGGGGAAGCCCUCUUUAUACCCUCAAAAGCCCUCUGCUGACACAUACACAGACCUAAACACCCUCCUCUACCCUAAAAACAUACAUACCCACGACACCAUAUGCUAUACAAUAAACUAUAUAGUACUACCUACCUACCCUCUCUGUACACUCCUUAAACUUAAACGUACGUUUUCACGCCCACUUGUAAAUUAUGUGACGACAACAAAAAGAUGAAACAAAACAAGAAAAAUAACGAUAAAACGAAAAACAAAACAAAAUAAAAAAAGAUGAAACAAAAACAAGAAAAGAAAACAAAACAAUACACAACUGUAAAAUAUUUAAAUUAUUUAGAAUCUAACAGAUAUAUGAAAUGUAAAUACAGUUUAAUUAGUGUUUAGCCCGUAUUUAGUUGUAUGUUUUAAAACUAAACUAAAGAGAAACUGUACAUUAUAUAACACAAUUAAUGAUACGAAAGAAAAAACACGAAACGAUCGAUCAGAGGAAGAGAUCAGUUCAUACAGAAACAGAAACAGAUAAACAGAAAAAAGUAAAGUAAAAGAAAAGAAAACAUUUUCAAACAGAAACAAAAACAGAUGAAGCGCUGUUAAACAUAUGUUUAUGUAUAAGUUGUAUGCUUUAAGACACUUUUUAGUUAUUUCCUAAGUUAAUUUGAAGAAAAACGAUUAAAUUACACUUAUUUCUUACA